UCUCUGCCACGCCACCAUCAUUCCUUCCCUCCCGUAGUUCGCACUCGGACCAAGGGGGGGCUCUGGCGCCGAGAGCGAUGGGAGGCGGCGCGACCGGUCCUCCUUCGCCGCCGGCAGAGGGCGAGGCCGCCAAGACGUUCGUGGUGGACCGGGGGCUGCAGGCGCUGGGCUUCGAGUUCACCCGGGUCACCGCGGGGGAGGUCGCCGGCCGCCUCCCCGUCACCGAGACCUGCUGCCAGCCCUUCGACCGGCUCAACGGCGGCGUGUCGGCGCUCAUGGCGGAGGUCACGGCGAGCAUCGGCUGCUACGUCGCCUCGGGCUACCGGAGGCUGGCCGGCGUGCAGCUCUCCAUCAACCACGUCGGCCCCGCGCGACUCGGCGACGUCGUCCAGGCCACGGCCACACCCAUCCAGCUCGGCCGCAAAAUCCAGGUUUGGGAAGUUCAGAUAUGGCGAAUAGAUCCUUCCACAUCGGAGCGCAAAGAUCUGGUCUCAACAGCAAGGGUUACCUUAUUAGCCAACCUAUCGACGCCACAAGUGAUGAAGAACUAUGAAGAAGGCCUCAAGAAAUUCUCAUCAAAGUUGUAAAGACAUGAUGGUUACAUAGUCACAUAUAAGCAUGAAAGAGAACAUGAACAUCUCCUAAUCAACAAAGUCUGCCCUUUGUGGAAAGUUUCGGGUUCAGAGUACAAUUUGUUACUUGUAUCGUAGCAUAUUUGCCAAACAGAAGGUACUGGGUACUGCAACAGCCAACAGUUUUUUUUUUUGAAGGAACAUCCAACAGGCUUAUGAUGUUCAAUUGUUCAUGUUUAUGCUACUGUCAGAAGCAUGUAUCAUUUGAUCAGGAAUUUUAGGAUGAAUAAUAAGCUCAGGACUGACAUCUCACUUGAAGAAUUA